UUUAAGGUCUUUUAUUUACUACCAGUUAAAAAAGAUUGUAACUUUAAAAACUAUUUAUAUAAAUAUAUGGAAAACGGCCUGAUUUAAAUUAAGGGUGAUUUUGGCCCACGAAAUUGCAUUAACUUUAGGCGGUUUAUCCUUAUGUUCACUGCCUCUUUGGCGGUCUGAACAGUGGACUCUCCGACCCCGAGUCAUUCCCUUUCAAAGAGAAGAACUUUCGGCACAGAAUCAGCAAUUAUAUCUCAUAGCCGCUGAUUAACAAUUAAAAUCCCAAAAAUUUCAGCAAAUAAUCAUUACCCAAUUUUAAUAAACUUACUGUUUGUUCUCAAUUCCGAUACCUGAAGCCAUGUGGAUUUCGACUUCCAGAGGAUGUGUGUUCUCAUUGUCAUUUUCAUCGCUGGAAUGGUCGCUCUCCUCGAUAUUAUAGGUGACAGGCUGGAUUUGGAUGGUUAGCAAACUGUUUAAAGAUUUUUAGGCCUAAAGAUUAUACAUUGUCCAGAUCUUGGAGAGGAAAAGGGAGGAUAAUGAAGGUUGAAUUAUAGGGAUUCUUCCAAGCUUGGGUGAGAAGAAGAUGAACAAGUGCUUAAUUUGUGUACCAUGUAUUAUGUUUAAUGUAGUUGCAUUGCUAUAGAUUCAUUGGUUAGAUCACCACUAUCAUUACUCUGAUUGCUUCAAAAUCUUUUGUUUCCAUUUGUGAGAGAAACUAUAGUAUGUACGUUAAACUCGAUAUCGUCCAGGGCAAAUUUGCGCGCCUGAUCAUUUUCCCAAGAAACAAACAAGCCCUUAAGCAAUUCAGUUCAUCAUGUACAAAUAUCCCCACCAUUGCUGACCUUGUAGCAAAGCAACACUGGUCAGAGCUCAGAACUCGUCUGAAAAACACUAGCCCCAUCACACUUCUCCACCAACUGCUCAGUUCAGAAGUUGACCCAGAGCUAACUCUUAGGUACUUAACUUGGUCCAAAAAGGAGCUUAAACUUUCACACUCUUUAGAACUCACUUUUAGAAUAUUGCACUCACUUGCAUAUACCAAAAAGUACUCAAAUAUUAGGUCUUUCCUGGAUAAUUUUGUUAAGAAUGAGAAUUAUCCAGUUUCUUCAAUUUUUCAUGCAAUUUCAGUGGGUGGGGACUCAUUUUGCGCCAAUUCAAUAAUUGUUGAUAUGUUGUUGUUGGCAUAUGUGAAAAAUUUGAAAACCCAUUUUGGAUUUGAGACAUUUAAGAGAGCUGGUGAUUAUGGGUUUAAGUUGUCAGUUAUUUCCUGUAAUCCACUGUUGAGUGCUUUGGUUAAGGACCGGGAAAUUGGGGAUAUGGAGUUUGUGUAUAACGAGAUGAUAAAAAGAAGGAUUCAUCCUAGUUUGAUUAGUUUUAAUAUUGUGAUUAAUGGGUUGUGUAAAGCAGGGAAAUUGAAUAAAGCCACUGAUAUUAUCGAGGAUAUGAAAGUGUGGGGGGUGUCAGCAAAUGUAGUUACUUAUAAUACUCUCAUUGAUGGGUAUUGCAAGAUGGGUAAGAUUGGGAAGAUGUAUAAAUCCGAUGCUGUUUUGAAGGAGAUGGUUUCAAAUGGGAUUUGCCCGAAUGAGGUUACUUAUAAUAUUUUGAUCAAUGGAUUUUGCAAGGAUGGCAAUGUAUCAGCUGCAAUGAAGAUAUUUGCAGAAAUGCAAAGGCAGGGGUUAAAACCAACUGUGGUUACAUACAAUUCAUUGAUUAAUGGGUUAUGUACUGAUGGGAAUAUUGAUGAGGCUAUUGCCUUGUGGGAUCGGAUGGUUGCUUCCGGCUUGAAGCCAAAUGCCAUUACUCAAAAUUCACUAAUAAAUGGUUUUUGCAAGAAUAAGAUGGUGAAGAAAGCGGUUGAGUCAUUCAAUGAUAUGCCAAAACUAGGAAUUGCUCCUAACGUUGUGACAUACAAUACAAUAAUUGAUGCUUGUUGUAAGGCUGGGAGGAUGGAGGAUGCAUUUGCGCUACGUGAUGUAAUGUUGGACAGGGGGGUUCCCCCAAAUGUUUGUACAUAUAACUGCUUAAUAGCUGGUUUAUGCAAAAAGGAAGAUGUAGAAGCAGCCAGGAAUCUUGUGGAUGAAAUGGUUGGUAAGGAUUUAAAAGCUGAUCUUGUUACCUACAAUAUAUUGAUAGAUUCAUUAUGCAAUAAAGGGGAAUCGAGAAAGGCAAUGAGACUCUUGGAUGAGGUGUCCCGAAAAGGAUUAAACCCUAGUCAUGUGACGUAUAAUACUUUGAUGGAUGGCUAUUGUAAGGAAGGAAAUCUUCGGGCAGCAUUGAAUUUGAAGACAAUAAUGGAGAAAGGAGUUAGAUUACCAAAUAUUGUCACAUAUAAUGUGCUGAUAAAGGGGUUCUGUAAGAAAGGUAAGUUUGAAUAUGCAAAUGACCUUCUUAAUGAGAUGCUGGAGAAGGGUUUGGUCCCAAAUCGAACAACCUUUGAGAUUGUUAGGGAGGAAAUGAUGGAGAAAGGCUUUGUUCCAGACAUAGAAGGGCAUAUAUAUAAUCUUUCAGUCAGCUCUUAAACUUCUAAAGUCGUCGGUCACAAUGACCAUCUUCUUCAUUGUUUGAUACAGAAAGCUGGCAUUAAGGGGUCCUGCAUUUGCCUUUUAUCUGACAGCUUCAUUCGUCUAGAUGUAACUAAUGCAUGUGAAUCUUCUUGGAUCCUGCUGCUGUAAUAUGGCAUCUCUUGCAAUUUCUUCUCUGCAGCCAUCUUGUCUUCAGUUUCUACUGAAGGCAGAGAACAAUUUUUUAGAUUGUUUAUUGAGCUAUACAAGAUCAGGAUGGACAUGAUACUGGUAUGAGUAUCAAGAAAAGACUGGUGAUUCUGCAAUUCAAAUCCAAGCAAAGAAAUAGCUAAAUUGGUGGGAUUGACAAUGGAAAUGACCGAGUUGAGGAUUGAAAACAAAAAUAUCUGUGAUAUUAUUCACAUGAAUUAUUACAAGAAGUUUUCAGUAAUUUGCGUAUUGGCAAAAAAAAAAAAAAAAAAAAAAAAAAA